GCAUACAUAUAUACAUGCCCCAUACCGUUAUAUGCCUCUUACAUAUGUAUAAUACACUCUUGGUCCGUAGGUAUUUCCCCACCUUGGCAAAGCCGCAUAAUGCGCUCUCCAUUUUCCCAGGCGAGCAUAAAAGCGCCUUCCUCCACAUCGCCUACUAACUCAGCGAACGAUUAGCUGACCCUUGGCCACGCUCUGCAAUUCAGCUUGUUAGCGCUGCAGGUGCGGGAGUGGAACAAAGCGGCAUCUGUAGAUUCUACGUCAGCUUUGCUUCUUCUGAUCUUCUACGCGGGACCUGCGCCACACCCUUUUUAGUCAUCACGCACCUAUUUUUGCAGCCCCCCCCUCUCCUUUUUUCCUUUUUUUUGCGUAAUGGAGGGCGGUGACUACGACAAGAUACUGGUGCUGAACUUCGGCUCGCAGUACUUCCACCUGAUCGUGAAGCGGCUGAAUAAUAUCAAAAUAUUUAGCGAAACGAGGGACUAUGGCAUUGACGUGAAGGAAGUGGAAGAGCUAAACAUCAAGGGAGUCAUUCUGUCUGGAGGCCCCCACUCCGUUACGGAGGAGAAUGCGCCCCACUUGAAGAAAGAAGUGUUGGAAUAUUUUUUGGAAAAAAAAAUCCCCAUUUUUGCCAUAUGUUAUGGAAUGCAAGAAAUAGCUGUGCAGAUGAAUGGAGAAGUUAAAAAGUCCAAAAAUUCAGAAUAUGGAUGUACCGACGUAAAUAUAAUAACAAGUAAAAACGGGGGUGAAGAAAAAUAUAAGAAUUACAAGCUGGUGGAUGGAGAUAGCAAAGGCAGCAAAUGUAUCCUUUUCGAUGGCAUAAAAAACGCAGAGAAAAGUACCGUAUGGAUGAAUCACACAGAUGAAGUGACAAAAAUUCCCGACAAUUUUUUUCUUGUAAAUUCUACUGACGAUUGCUUAAUAUGUGCCAUGUACAAUGAGGAACAUAAUAUAUAUGGAGUUCAGUACCACCCUGAGGUGUACGAGUCUGUGGAUGGAGACCAGAUGUUUUAUAAUUUUGCCUACAACAUUUGUGAAUGCACGAAAAAAUUCGAUCCAAUUCGUUAUCACGAAAUUGAGCUGAACAAUAUAAAGAAAUACGCACAGGACCACUACGUUAUUGCUGCCAUGUCCGGGGGAAUCGACAGCACUGUCGCUGCUGCAUUUACACACAAAAUAUUCAAAGAGAGAUUUUACGGCAUCUUCAUAGAUAAUGGAUUGUUAAGAAAAAAUGAAGGCGAAAAAGUGUACUCCUUUUUAAAGGGCAUAUUCCCAGAUAUGAACUUAACCAAAAUUGAUGCUUCGGAAAUUUUUUUAAAUAACUUAAAAGGGGUAACAGACCCGGAACAAAAGAGGAAAAUUAUCGGAAAAUUAUUCAUCGAAGAAUUUGAAAAGGCAGUAAAGAACAUAAACAUUGAUAUUGAAAAAACGUACCUGCUGCAAGGCACUUUAUACCCAGAUAUUAUCGAAAGCAAAUGUUCGAAGAGGCUGUCCGACACGAUUAAAACGCAUCAUAAUGUGGGAGGGUUACCAGAAAAUUUAAAAUUCAAAUUAUUUGAGCCUUUUAAAUAUUUAUUUAAAGAUGACGUGAAGAAAUUAUCACAAGAAUUAAAUUUGCCAGAGGAAAUCACAAACAGACAUCCUUUCCCAGGCCCUGGAUUGGCCAUCCGGGUCAUCGGAGAAAUUGACAAACACAAAUUGAGCAUCCUAAGAGAAGUAGACGAUAUUUUUAUCAACGAUUUGAAGGCGUAUAAUUUGUACAAUGACAUUAGCCAAGCCUUUGCUGUUUUGUUGCCCACUAAAUCUGUUGGUGUAAGUGGGGAUGCGCGCUCGUACGAUUAUGUGUGCUCUCUCAGGGCAGUUAAAACGUCUUCCUUCAUGACCGCUAGCUGGUAUAAAAUUCCGUAUGACAUUUUGGAGAAAAUCUCCACUCGUAUUCUCAGCGAGGUCAAGGGAGUCAACAGGAUUCUCUACGACAUUUCUUCCAAGCCUCCCGCGACGAUUGAGUUCGAGUGAGUGCACAGCGAAGCGGGAGGGGGCGGUACACACACUGUGUAGGUGACUCUUUAGGGAAACUAUCCCAAUUUGGCAUUCACCUUUCUGCUGUACCCCGCUUCCCCAUCUUAGCGCCCAUUUGCCUCCCUCCGUUGCACAUUUAGCGCAACGCGAACAAUGAGAGAUUUAAUUUGCGCCAAUUGAGGGGUAUCCCCAAAAGAUGGACACCUUAUUGUACCACUUCAAAGCGUAGUGUCCCAUGCACAGUUAAGGUGUCAUAACUUCCCAUUUUGCCAAAACAUUACAUGCACGAAAACACCGUUGGGUGGUUAAGAAGCUGCCUCUUUUUUUCCCCCUCUCAAAAUAACACACGCUUGCUUCGUAAGCAUUUGCAACUGUUU